UUUUGCUUUAAAACUUCUCCCGAGUGAAAAUAAAACAUAAACAUGGCCACCGCUGCUAUCUUAACUUGAUGAUGUAAAGCUGCCCUCCCCUACUGCUUUUCUCACACGCCAUUGAACCGUAGAAUGAGGUUAAACCAUUUACUGGGCAACGCAGCUUCAAUCAUCUUCAUACAGACACCUCGUGGACCAUGCAUUAUUUAAACUAUUCCACCCUUUACUUUUUUUUAACAAUAACAUCGAUCACAAUCCUGACAAUGACUUCCCCAGGCUCAGGAUGCUCAACAAGAACAACAAAGUCAGACAAGAGUUCAAUCUUGCCUCUGGUCAUCAAUACGUGGCCAUUUACUAAUGCUACAGCCAAAGCAUGGAGUGUGAUUACGUCCGGUGGUUCAUCACUAGAUGCUGUUGAACAAGGAUGUACUGUCUGUGAAGAGCAACAGACUGAUGGAAGUGUUGGUUUUGGAAAUCACCCCGAUGAAAAUGGUGAGACAACUUUGGAUGCAAUGAUAAUGGAUGGUGUGACUCAUGAUGUUGGUUCAGUUGGCUGUCUGCGUAGAGUCAAGAGUGCAAUCUCAGUGGCUAGAGCCGUUAUGAAUUAUACUAAACACACUUUGUUGGUGGGAGAAUUAGCCACACAAUUUGCAAAGGAAAUGGGGUUUAAAGAAGAGACUUUAUCGACAAACACUUCAAUUGAAGAUUGGAAACAAUGGAAGGCAAAAGAAUGUCAGCCAAACUUCAGACAGAAUGUAGUUCCUGAUUCGGAUUCAUCAUGUGGUCCCUAUGUACCAGCCACCGGUAAUUUACUCAAACAACAGCUGAGAUAUAACAUGGAAGUCAAUCAAGGUAACCAUGAUACUAUUGGAAUGAUUGUAAUAGACGAGGCUGGGAAUGUGGCUGGUGGAACGACAACGAAUGGAGCUAAUCAUAAAGUACCGGGUCGAGUUGGUGAUUCCCCAAUAGCUGGUUCUGGUUGUUAUGUUGAUAAUGAUGUAGGAGGGGCAGCUGCUACGGGAGACGGGGAUGUUAUGAUGAGAUUUCUUCCAAGUUUGCGAGCUGUUGAUAACAUGAAUCGUGGUAUGAGUCCAAGCAGUGCAUGUGAACAAGCAUUGGCACCAAUUAUCAAGUUCUACCCAGACUUCAGUGGGGCAGUCGUUGCAGCAAAUAAGAAGGGAGUAUAUGGAGCUGCUUGCUAUGGUUUUCCAAGCUUUCAUUAUUCAAUCUAUCAUCCGGCACUUCAAGCCCCUCACGUUGCAGAAGUUUCUUGCAUGAAAAAGGUGAAGUAGUUACUGCCGACUGCUGUGUAUCUGCAUCUUCAUUGUCUCAAGAUUGCUCCACAUUACAUUGUCAACAGUUUCAGACAGGUGCUCCAGGGACGCGCCAAACCAAUUAAGAAUUAAAGUAAAUGAAAAGUUUGUCAUCUGAAACAGUUAGGAGUGACUGUACGCGCUAGAAAUCAAAAGAAAAUGCAACAACGAAGAAAGAAAAAAAAUGUUUGUUUUGGGGGUACUCGGAUCAUGGAGGAAGGAAGAGAAGGAGCUCGAAUGAC